UUAUUUAUUUUUGCUUUGAAGGCGCUAAAAUCCUAAACUAAUCUAAGCAGUGGCGUGCGGUCAGGGGAGGUGUCAUCAUGAAAUGUAAAAAACAAAUAAUGAUUUAAAAAAUAAAUAAAUAUUAGUCCACUGAUCUGUGAUAGAAAUGUAAUUAUUGUAUGAUACCAAUCAUUCCAAUGAUUUUUAUAGUCAGUAUCGCUGAAUUUGUGUAUUUUCCUGCUCAAAUACGGGGGAAAGACGCGAACGGAGGCAGCGACGAGCUGAGCCUCCUCUCAGAUUGCGCAAUCCCUCACAAACUGGGUUGAGCUGCUCAUUUUUUUUUCUCAACUUGAGCACAUGCAAUUGAUCUCUCUGUAUGUAAUUCAUUUAUUUCCAUUUCCUGUUUUUACACGUUUAAUUUUCCACAUAUGAUUUUUCCUAAAAUGUCAUUAUUUUACACAUGACUAAUUUAUAAUCACAUGUGGACAUUUUUACAUAUAGUGUGUGUGUGGUGUGUGUGUGUGGUUUUUCAUUCAUACAAUUUGUUUAUUUACACAUGUGAUUUAUGCACGAUUCUUUUUUUUUUUUUUGUUAAUGUGACUUUACUGUUUUUUUAACAUGUUAAUGUGAACUCACAUAUUAUUCACGUAAGCGCUUGCUAAAUGUCUUUCCUCAAGGGUGGACGUCAUGAGCAAUUUCAUAUUCUGUUUGAUUUCGCUAUUUUAGCGAGAACCAGCAGACUGCCGAAACCAUGAAUCGUAAAACCUUUACUAUAACUUAUAGGGGCAUAAUGAUAUACUGUGGUCAUGAUUGGAUUCACAAUAUUGGCUUCACAAUUCAGUUUGAUUCUCAGAAUAUUUUUCUUCAACCAAAUUUAAAUUUAGAAAAAUUAUGACUGUUAAGACUUCUUUUUAUAUUAUUAUUAUUUCUGAAUCAUAGACCAUGCAAAACAAUGUGCAUUUUUGUCUGUAAACUAAAACUGUAAAACUAAAUAAGUCAAAAAUUGUUAUGCCUGAGGUGUCAUUUUGGCCUGAAAUAGAGCUCCAAAGUUGGCUAAAAUGCCUGACUUCCACUGCUUCUUUCUCAGGCACUGUAGAUAUAGGCAGCCAUGUGGAGCUGGUGUCAUUUGAAAGCUAGUGAAGAGCUCUUUUUAAUAGUUAUAAUGAGCUUGUGUAAGCUUAUAACCUAUAACGCAUGUCAGUCAUUGUGAUCCAGAGCUAUCAGGCCCAGUGUCCUCUCAAUACACUUGUGUUGAAACAGUGCAAUUGUUUGCACUUCCUCAGUGGUGGAAUGAACUUCCAAACUCAAUCCGGACUGCAGAAUCUCUCAUCAUCUUCAAAAAACAUCUAAAGACCCACCUCUUCCGUGAACACCUAACCAACCCAUUAAAAAAAAUAAUAAAAUUACUCUGGCACUUACACCUCCACUCUGUGCACUUUGCUUCUUCUGGAAUUCAAUUAACGGAUCUUGUAUGGUAGCACUACUUGUAUUGUUCUCUGCUUGAUAUAUCGCUUUGCUUGUAUUUUCUCAUUUGUAAGUUGCUUUGGAUAAAAGCAUCUGCUAAAUGAAUAAAUGAAAUAUAAUUGCAUUAGAUGCAUAAUUAAGACAAUGCUGAUUUCCACGUUAAAUUUUUUUGGGUGUUGUGAUUCACUGUGAUGUAUCACAAUGCAUCGUUGCCUGUUAGUGUGUGCUUAGUCGGUCUGUAAUAUAUCACACAAAUCAUGGAAAUGUAAUGUAAUGUAAGUGUACCUUUGCUGAGGGGGCGUGGGACAUAAUCCAAAAUCCUUGGUAAUUUGUAUACUAUAUUUUCUUCAAGCCAACUUGGAAGGGAAUUUCUAAUGGACGAUCUUGCUAAGUAGUUAACAGACUAAUGUGAUGGAGUGAAGCAAUUGUGUAGAAUGUGGCAAAACUAUGUUAGUAACUAUUGUAUUGAUUAUGUUUACACUUCUAUACAUCUUGUUCAAUCAAAUUUUCCAUUGCUCAGAUCACAAAGCCUUCUUGUACUUUUGCUACUAGAACAUUCAUUUAUGGUGAUUCAUUCCCUCAGGACUUCCAGUGGUUUUCUAACAUAUUACUUUCAAGCUAUAGCACUGGAACGGUCCUUAAGGUGGCGGUACAGCAAGAAGAACUUGCUCAUUAAAAACAGUAUGGAAAAAUACAGAUCUGGAGUAGUAGUGGACCAAUUGGAAAUGGAAGAAUAAAUAUGUAGUCUGCUGUGGGAUUGAGGACGGGUCCACAGUUACUGUUGUACACUAAUUGUAUCCUGCUCUAUUUCAUGUGGCCAGUGGGGUUAUGAUUGCUGUGGGCAUCUAUGCUAAAGUAGCCAAGGAAAACGGUACUGAAUUGCCCUUAUCACAUGAACUGCCUUUUUCAACCUGCUACAUACAUGGUGUAUUGUUGGAAUUGAGCUUACAGAAAAUAUCAUGCUUUACAGAUGUAGUGGAUACUUUAGCAACAGAUCCAGCUCUGCUGUUGCUCACUGUAGGAUCCCUCACAUUCAUCAUUACAUUCUUCGGGUGUUUCGGGGCACUGCGAGAUGGUGCCAUACUGCUGAAAAUGUUUUUAGGAAUUUUAAUGGUCAUCCUGUUCCUGCAAAUCGCUGCUGCUGUUCUGGGCUUUCUCUUCUCAGACAUGGUUCUAAAGAGGACAGAACUGCUAAUGAAGAAAGCCAUCGUAUUAUAUCGAGAGGACAUGGAUUUAGAAAAUGUGAUUGACUUUGUGCAGAAAAAGUUCCUAUGUUGUGGAGUUAAUUAUUACUCAGACUGGUCUCAGAACGCAUAUUUCAACUGCUCUGUGAAUAACCCUAGUCUGGAAGCCUGUGGUGUGCCUUUUUCCUGCUGUGUACGACAGCAGAAUGAGACUGUGUUCAAUUCCAUGUGUGGCUACAAAACUCAGGGGAUGGAAGAAUCCUUAAUCAAGCAGCGCAUUUAUGUCAACGGCUGCCUGAACAAAAUAGUGCUGUGGGGGAAACAGAACCUGCUGCUGGUUGGAGGGAUCAGCAUCGGCUUGCUCUGUCUCGAGAUAUGUAUGAUUUCAUUGGCAGCUGCUCAGCUCAUCCAAAUCCAGAAAAAAGGAGAAGAAAAAAGCAAAUCACAGGCCAAACAAGAGGUGGAUUAAACUCUUGCCAAAUGUCUAAACCCAUUAGUGGCAUAACCAUUUCAUAAUAUGUACAGUAUAUCUGAAAUCGUACAUUUAUAAGCAUAUAUGCAUGCGCAGGAACUACUCAGUCCCUCCAGGAUUUUGCGAUCGCAAAUAUGAAUGCAAAAUCAAGCAAACUCCACAAUAUUCGGAGGAGCUUGCAAUUUUUCAAAAUGAUCGCAGAUUUUCUGCAGAUUUGGGCCAAGACGCAUCAUGUGAUGUCACGUCAACACACAUUCAUCCAAAGCCUUCUUCGAUUCGCAUGCAUCGAACUUGAGUACAGCUAAAAGGUCUCAUUUACCAACAAACAUCACUGCGAAAAACGGUGAAAAACAAUUUCGUCCAGUUGCAACUCGCCAAUUCAAGCAGUUUUCCGCAAAAAAAAAGCACAAAAAACUCAUGCAAAAUCAAGCAAUUUUGGCUGCAACAAUUACAAAAAUGCUCUGCGAAAUCCUGUACGGACUGAUUAUUCACAUGUAAACAUUGUCUGUAAGUAGAAACUGCUUUUUAAAAAUUAAGGCUGUUGAUUAAUCUUUUAAUUAUGUUCUCCUUGUAAAUGAGCCCUUGAUUGUAGAUGUUUUAUAACGAGACGACUUGUACAUACAUUGUUAAUUAUGAAUGUUGGGAUUAAUGUUAAUUUUGUACGAAAAGAAAUGAUCGGAGAUUAUAACAUGCUUUUAAACAUCAAUAGUAUCAAAAGCAUUUUCAAUACUCAGUUAUUGUUUAUCAUGUGCUUGCAAUGCAGUCCUGAUAUUUCUUUUUUUCAGAAAUGAAAGACUACUGAUUACUAAAAUGAAUAAUGCUCAACGAAUAAAGCCACAAAAUGCUGGUUUCUCAUAGAAGGACACAUGUGCUGGACUGUUUAGUCUUGAGAAUGGUCAUGAAGUUAAACUGAGCUGGAUUGUAACUGUAGAGCCCUGUAAUCUCGGAGUGAGAUGCCUCUAGACUCUUCUCACGUGAAGUAACGCGAUAGUGAGCUCUGAAGUUACGGAGCGGGUUGUAGCCUUGAGUCAGUGUGUUUGGACAGUGGAAGCCCUCCUUGAUGAAAGAGCCAAGCUGUGAAAUGGCUACAAAGCCAUCCUUGUAGGGUGCAAUCCUGAUGACUGCAGCAUAAACAUACUGGAUGUAUAAAAGGGAUCCUAGAACAACAAGUGAAGUCACAAUAAAAUUAUGCAGUGAACAUGUAGGCUAUAAUAAAACAUAUGAGGGCAAAUUACUUUCUAAAUUGAUAGGUAGAUAUAACUGAUUAACUGUGUUAUAAAAGUACCAUCAAUACUCUCAGAAAGGCAUGCUGUGAUCUAAUCGAUCAUGGUAUCAUUAGCAAUACAUUGUCAUACGGCCCUGCAGUACAGACUCUUUUCAAGCGCAGUUGAAAUCUUUGAGGCUUUUCAGUGAAUCAUUCAAAUCGAAUCAAAUCACUUGAGUCUGAUCUUCUAAAAGGUUCAUUUACAUUCAUUACCAGAUUCUUUCAAUUCUGCUUACAGCUACAUUAAACUAUU